CCCUCCACUCAUCCAUUUGUUCACCUCGACAACUCCACCUUACUGAAGUGGCCACUUCAUUUUCUCCAGUGGUUGCAGCUGCUGAAACCAGCUCCCCAAUUUUGCCCAUUUCUUGAUUCGAAUUCCCCUCCAAAUAUCAAAAUCAGAGAACCCCAUUUGAUUUUUCUCCAGGUUUAUUAAUCUUUCUGUUAAUUUUCUGGGAAGAAUCGUGUAAUGGACUUGUUACAGACUUUGGAUCCUCCAAUCCUUCUGGGUUUGGCUGCGGCUGUUCUUGCCAUUGCCUUUGGUGCCAUCUAUUUAUCAUCUUCGCCAAAAAAUAGCAAACCCAGAGGUUGCUUACAGCCAGAUGAUUUUGUAGAGUUUAAACUUGCCAAGCGUGUGGUGCUGAGCCAUAAUGUGGCGAAGUUUAGAUUUGCCCUCCCGAAUCCUACUUCGGUUUUGGGUCUUCCCAUUGGACAACAUAUAAGUUGCAGGGGCAAGGAUGGCCAAGGUGAAGAGGUUGUCAAACCGUACACGCCUAUUACUUUGGAUUCUGAUGUCGGAUAUUUUGAACUGGUCAUUAAGAUGUAUCCCCAAGGAAGGAUGUCACACCAUUUUCGACAUAUGCGGAUCGGUGAUUAUCUUGCUGUAAAGGGGCCAAAGGGGCGUUUCAAGUAUCAACCUGGCCAGGUCAGAGCAUUCGGGAUGCUUGCUGGAGGCUCGGGAAUUACUCCUAUGUAUCAAGUUGCUCGAGCGAUACUAGAAAAUCCUAAUGACAAGACAAAAGUACACCUCAUUUACGCCAAUGUCACUUAUGAGGACGUUCUUUUAAAGGAGGAGUUGGAUCUUCUUGCCUCAAGGUACCCUGAUAGCUUCAAGGUCUAUUAUGUCCUAAAUCAGCCUCCUGAAGUGUGGGAUGGUGGCGUCGGGUUUGUGAGCAAGGAGAUGAUUCAAGCCCACUGCCCCGCGCCUGCUUCUGAUAUUCAGGUAUUGAGAUGUGGGCCACCACCCAUGAACAAGGCCAUGGGUGCUCAUCUUGAAGCUCUUGGAUAUGCACCUGAGAUGCUGUUCCAGUUCUGAUCUUUCCUCAACUUCUUCCUUGCAGCUAAGAACUUCUUUUUCCUUCUUUUUUUGAAAAUUCUGACUCAUUUUUAGAUCUUAGAUUUGAUGUACUGUGGAAGAGGAUGUUUUCUGAGUUCUUUUCAUUUUGCAAUGCUAUGGCAUUUUGAUGUAUCAAUUGCUUUAAACAGUUGGAGCUAAUGAGAGUCGGACUAGUUAUCGGUGAAA